AUUAGAAUUUGACCAGCUACGCCUCCCAGUCUCUGCAGAAUAGCUGCAGCAAGAAGGAUGCUGCUGUUUAGCUUGGCAUUUCUUCUUUCACUGCAAGGAGCAAGAGCUCAAACAGUUACAAUAUGUAACAAUACCGGGCUCAAGGAAGGAUCCCUCUACCAUCAUAGACCCAAUUCAGAUUACUGCUAUGUUCUAUUCCUUACAAAAGGGGAUUUCUCAACAGCAAACAGGACCUGUGUAAGAAACAAUGGCUACCUUGUCAAGAUUGACUCUGAUGAAGAGAACAAUUACAUCAGAGACACUUAUCUCAAUAGUGCUCCGGAAUUUUGGAUUGGGUUAACUGACCAAGUUACUGAAGGAGUUUUCAAGUGGGUGGAAGGUGACACGCUGAUACUACCCAACAUUUCAUACACAAACUGGUUUGGUGGGAGUGCAGCAGAGACUAAUGAAGUUGCUUUCGAUUGCGUUAAAUUUACAAUUGAUGGCUGGAAAGUUCACAAUCAUUUUUGUGAUUCAAGUGUAUUGCCAUACCUCUGCAGACAGCAAGUUUGUAGCAGUACUGAUGGUGUAUCAUGUGCUACAAUGCCUCCAGUAGCUUCCUCUCCACUUUCUCCUGUCAUUAUUGCUAUUAUAGUUGUUGUUGUUGUGAUACUGAUACUUGUGAUAGUAAUUAUGAUUCUCCUGUUCUGCAUGUGGAAAUACAAGAACGAUGCCUUCUAUCGAUACAUUCUUUGCUGUGUUUACGGUGGCUCAAAAACCCAAAUUAACAAUCUGAAGCAGGAGAACAUUAGGCUACGGAAAGAGCUCUCGCAGCAAAAGUUAAACCUCAGCUCAAGCGAGAGAUUCCAGCCAGGACAACUAUCACGCAAGAACUCAGUGAUCACUGAUGUCUCUGGCACAGUUCCUGUUGUUGGGUUUGAUAAACCCAGAGCUCCACCAGCUCGUGCUAUGUCUUUUGCUUCAAACCAAGUCAGGCCUCUAUUAACGCCACAAACAAGUGCUCUUAACCUCAAGCUGCCUCCCAAAAGAGCAAUGAGUACUGCUAGUGGAUUUUCUUUACCACCUGUGAAUCCUAACAUGCGUCCCACUUUACCACCAGUUAGAGAGAAUUCAGAGGAAGUCUUUCCAACGAAAGAUCGUCCCUCAAGCUCUUCAUCAAGCAGCAGCAGUAGCAGCAGUCAAAGUGCAGCUCCUGACAAGAAAAAUGAAGCAACAAAACAAACUGGAAAUGAUAGCCAGGCAUCAUCGGUGGCACCAUAAUGUAUUUUUAAAGUGUGUAACUUUUUAACUUGUAAUUUUUGUUCAUAUUAUAUUUAAGAAGUUUUCAAUCCCAUUA